AUGAUUAAGGUCGCCAUCGUUGGCCUGAAGCGAGUAGGAGUCAACACGAGGGGCCUCAAGCUUGAUGAGGUAAAGCGGAAUGUUUCCCUCGUCGAAGAUGCGCACGUCUGCCAUGUCCCAAGGCUCUCAGGUGGAGGACAGAUUGACGAUGAGUCUCCACUUUGGAACAAAACUGAAGAAGAAAGCCUUCUUCAGCCUGGGAAAGAGGAAGUGACGGCUACACGGAUUAUUCCCUGUGGUAUGGAGAGAGACCCGAAACAAUCCUCAAACCUCCUGGUCGCAGAGGCCAAGAGGUCUGGGGAGGCUUCCGGGGAGGCUCAGCUCCUUGCCUAUAUGAGAAUGGUUCUCAUAGCCCGUCGCAAAGAGCGCAGAGAGAAUACUACGGUCUACGGGCUUCUUACGGAUAGUCAUACAAUCACAUUCUUCUGUCUACAGAGCGGCCGCCGAUAUACAAAGAAGGUUCUACUCUGGGGCCAAGGCGAGAGGCAGCAGGACGAGAUUGUCUCCCUGCGAGCCAAAGUGAUGCGGGAGGCAGCGCUUACCUCCCCCAAGAGUAGCGAGGCCACCGAGGAUACCAGCGAUCUGCGCAUGGAGGGCAUGGAUACCAGGGAUUCCCCUCCCGCUUCAGCUGGAAUCCUUUUCAUCUCAACCUCAUCGCACGAUCAGAAGAUCCUAUCCAAUUCUCUGGUUAGACUCAGAAUUUAUACAGUUUUGAUUAUGUCUGCAUACAGCGAUCUGCCGAAUAAAACUCCCGGGUUGAGCUACUGGCAACGCACGACGCGCGGAUUCCCCUCCCUGCAUGCGAACCGGGACGACUCUGUUCCAUCCACAGCCAAGUAUGUGAUCAUUGGUUCGGGUCUUUCUGGUGCCUUGACUGCGUUUGAGCUGCUGGAAGCCGGCGUUCCCGGCGAUGAGGUGGUGAUUCUUGAGGCUCGUGAAGCGGCCAGCGGUGCAACGUCACGCAACGCGGGGCAUGUCCGACCAGAUGCAUUUAGAGGCUUUCCAGCUUAUUCCAGAAUACACGGGGAAGAGCAAGCGCUGAAGGUCAUCGCCAAUGAACGACUGGUCUUGGAGCGUGUCGAUGAAUUCGUCCAGAGACAGAAUGUGCCAUGCGACUUUCACCUAACGACGACGUUCGAUGUUUGUAUGAGCGAGGAAUUCGCAGAGAACGCGGCGGACAGCUUGCGCGCUUAUGCCGCGGCAGGAGGCGAUGUCUCACACAUCGUGCAGUACACCGACGGCGAGAUCGUCGAGACCAAGACCAAAGUCAAGGGCGCUGUCGGGGCAUACGAAUGGCCGGCUGCGUCGAUCCAUCCGGCCAAGCUGACACAGUUUCUCUUGCAGAGCGUGGUCGAUCGGAAGGUCAGACUCUUCACUUUCUGUCCGGCAACAGAGAUAUCGAAAAGGAUGGAUACCAACAUCUUCCUGCAACAAUGGGAUAUCCACACCCCACGGGGUACCAUCACAGCGGAGAAGAUCAUCCACUGUACCAACGCACACGCCGGAGCCCUGCUCUCCAUGGUCAAAAAGCAUAUCCUUCCAAACCGCGCCCAGGCACACUCGUUGAUCCCGACGCCGUCGUUCUCCGCCACGAACAAGCUGACCAGCACGCUCUCCCUCCGCUACGGGCUCUAUCAUUUCUACUCCCUGAUCCAGCGCCAGGAGGGGGACGGCACACUGAUCCUCGGCGCGUCGCGGGUGAAUCCGACCUUGUCGCCCGAAACGAUCGCCAGCCGGCUCAGCAGCGACGAUUCCACCUUCAACCAGGAGAUCCUGGACGACGCGCUGCGCAGUUUCCAAGAGAUUUUUCCCCAGUAUGGUCUCGACACAGCCAUGCACGGCGAAGGGCUCGAUCACGUCUGGACGGGGAUCAUUGCCAUGACGCCUGAUUCGGUACCUUUUAUCGGCGCCAUAGAUUCGUUGCCGGGUCAAUAUAUAUGUGCAGGGUUUAAUGGACAUGGUACGUUAUUCUAUUCUAUAUCCCCAUUGUUUGUUCUUCUGCUAAGUGGUAGGAAUGGCUCGCAUCUUCACCUGCGCCCCUGGAGUUGUCAAGCUGGUCCUCGGUCAGGAAUGGAGUUCUACCGGCCUCCCAGAGUGUUUUCAGCUGACUGCCCAGAGACUGGAGAGGUUAAGUAGAUAGGAGCAUCCAUGCACAAAUAGAAUACAUUUUGGUAAGAUGGUCAAUAAGAUUCCUUAUGAUCAAGCCAGGAGGACAUGCUUAGGACGUACAUGAAUCGCUGUAGCAGCUUUUAAGGAUUGUAUUCUGUCGACUAUGAGACACAAUUGCCAUACGCUUGGUAUCUGUCCGACCAGUAGUCAUGAUAUAGAGGUCUUCCAGCCGUGCGAAAGCAUCCAAGAGCCAGAGGCCAGCC